UAACAAUUUAAGUAUUAGUAGAUAACAGUAGAAAAUAUGUAGUUUAUUGUUUUUAAAUUUAUUUGUUUAUAAGAAAAUAUUAUAAUUCAUUUACUUCUGCUGUGGUAUGGCUAAUAGUAGAAUUAAAUCUCUUUUUCCUGAUUUGGGUAAAUCCACUAAAAGGGGUGUAAAGAAAUGUUUAUCAUGCGGAACAUAUAAUGGUACUAGGACUGUAGUUUGUAAGUCAUGCUAUAGAAUUCUUAGGUCUAAUAGUAAAAAAGUUUCCACGUCAAAAGUAUGUCAAUUACUUACUUCUUGUUCUUUUCAGAUUUUUUCUUAUACAUCGUUUGAAAAUGCAGAUUUAAAUGAAAGAGGUUUUGUAUAUUUUCCUGAAGUUAAAAAUAAAAUAAAUAAAAAUAAAAUUGAAUGUGGAAUUUGUUUGGUACAAUUUUGUAUUAAGUCAUCUACUCAAAAAAUUCAAGAAGCUGAAUCAAAUAUUAACAAAAUAAAUAAUGAACCAUGUAAACAUGUACGAUCGUGUUUGAAUUGUAUUUCUACUGGAAUAGCUUUAAAAAUUGAUCAACAUGUUUUAGAAUCAUUUAGAGUCCCUCAAAAUGUAAAACAGGAAGUAUGGAAUAAUUAUUUAGAUAAAAAAAAACCUUAUUUACAAAGAAUAUCAGAAAAUAUAUUUGUAGUGCGUGGUAAAAUAACUCCUCUGAAUUCUUUAGGAUAUCUUCAUUGCGUAAUUGGUAAAUACAACCAAUGUUUUAGCUGUACAACAACUUUAGUUACUGUAGAUCAAAUGGACCAAAUACCAGAUUUAAACACAUAUUUUUGCUGUCAUUAUAUUGCAUGUUUAAGUGCUAUAGCUAGUUCCCAUAGCAUGGUUCAAGAAUUUGAAAAAAAUCUGAAUGCUUUUGUAUCUGUUUCUACAUUAACUACAACUAUUAAUCAACUGGAUAAUUUACCUAAUGUACAAGUUGCCAUGGUUGAAGAAAGCAACGGACCAGUAACAUUUUUUGAUGACCCGAUAAUAAUAUCAGGAGAAGCUUGCUCUUUAGAAAAUCUUACUUCUAAACACCAUCAAACAUCAAUAUCGAAUAUCGUAGCAAAAAAACAAUAUAAAAAAGGACAAAAUAAAUUAAAAAUAAAAAGAAUUAAAAGUCCGGAACAAAAAAAAUGUAUUAAUCCAAAUCCAGAGAUCAGUUUUGAAAUGUGGUUAGCUUCUGUAACUGAACGAAUUAAUCAAGAAAUGCAUUAUCAGUUUGAUGGAAAUCCACCAACUAUGGUUUUCCAUAUUCAUAAGACAUUUUUUUAUUGUUUGCGAGAAAGAAUGUGUGCAACGUCUACUAAGAAAAGAUUGCCAAACUCUACUACAGUAUUUAUAAAGAAAGAUUCUUUGCCUUUAGGAACAUUUACCAAAUAUACUUGGCAUAUUACUAAUAUUAUGUUAGUAAAAAAAAUCUUUGAAACAUCAUUAUUGCCUUUAAAAAUUAGUCGUAGUUUUAUCAAAACUAGUGAUGGAACAUAUGAAGAAUUUGAACAUAAUAAAAAUAACUUUUGUUCAAUUGACAAAGCUCAUCAAGCUAUUCAACCAAAUGAUUUAAAAACAUAUUUAAAAGUUGGUGUUAUAAGUCUUCAGCAAGAUGAACCUAUUCCGUUUAUUAUUGAUUGGAUUCCGGACGUGUUACCUGUAUCUCAGAUUGGAGAACUAAGACUCACAUUUAAAUAUGGACAUAUGCCCCCUAAAGAUAGACUUUAAUUAAAUUUAAAAAAUUAAUUUUAAAGUAUAAAUAUUAAAUUUGUUAUCGUAUUAAUAUUUUACUCGUAGUUAUUAUAUAUUGUUUUUGACACUAUAAUGCAUGUUUUUUUGUUUUAAUUAAAUAAUAAUUAUUUUUUUAUUUUUUA